AGAGAGACAGAGAAGAUCACGAAACAUCGCCUCUAUACGCUGCUAAUCCUACUUGAAGAACAACGUUUAUCUAUAUUAUAUGCACAUUAGAGUCAAAUAUAACGUUUAAAGUAUUUAUUUCAGUUAACAGAAGAUCGUUAUCAUCGACCAAGCGGCAAUAAGAUGUCUGGAAAAGACAGGAUCGACGUUUUCCCCUCCAGAAUGGCUCAGACCAUCAUGAAGGCUCGGCUGAAAGGAGCAGAGACCGGCCGCAACCUGCUCAAGAAGAAAUCUGACGCCCUCUCCAUGCGAUUCCGUCAAAUCCUUCGCAAAAUUAUUGAAACUAAGACUAAUAUGGGAGAGGUGAUGCGAGAGGCGGCUUUCUCUUUGGCUGAAGCUAAAUUUGCAGCUGGAGACUUCAGCACGACUGUAAUCCAGAAUGUCAACAAAGCCCAAGUGAAGGUCCGUGCCAAGAGAGAUAACGUGGCAGGUGUCACCCUUCCAGUUUUUGAACACUACCAAGAAGGCGGAGACAGUUAUGAGCUGACUGGUCUGGCCAGAGGAGGAGAGCAGCUCUCCAGGUUGAAGAGGAACUAUGGCAGGGCUGUGGAGCUGCUGGUGGAGUUGGCCUCCUUACAGACAUCCUUUGUCACUCUGGAUGAAGCCAUCAAGAUUACCAACCGCCGUGUGAAUGCUAUUGAGCAUGUGAUCAUCCCCCGGAUUGAUCGCACCCUCACCUACAUCAUCACAGAGCUGGAUGAGAGAGAACGAGAAGAGUUCUACAGGCUGAAGAAAAUCCAAGAGAAGAAGAAGCAGCUCAGGGAAAGGACAGAGCUUGAGAUCGCCGCCCGCUUGGCUAAGCUGGGUCCAAUCGCAGAGCCCACCAACAUGCUGACAGAGGAGACGGAUGAAGACCUGCUGUUCGAGUGAUGUGCACCUCCGGCACCCUUCAACCUAUUUAUUUUGUGCCUCUCAGGCCAUGUCUGUGUCCUCUCAUGCAAGUGAUGGAAGUUGUUUUUUGUGUACUUGUCUGUGAUGAUUUGUAUUAUCGUCUUUCGGUGCUGGAAGGUACUGGUGUGUCUCCAGAUUUGUCACUGUACAAAACCAGAGUGUCACCGCACUUGGCUGUUCCCAACAAGGGAGUAAAAAUAAUCUAACUAAUCUAAAGAGAAUAUAAUGUAUGUUAACACAUGGGUUUCUGCGAGUUAAAUUUAAAGAAGCAUUCCGUGUGAUUGAGUUGUAUAUAUUUCAGUUUCUUCACAACAUUUAGAGUCAUUUGCAUGCUGUAAAGCUUAAGGUGGUUGUAGAGUUCAAAGAGUGUCUGUGUCGCUGCUGACCUCAUAUCUGGAGGUUGUUGUUACCUCAUUUGAGGAUGUUUACCAUUGCACCAGAAGAACACCCUAAUGUGACCCGCUGUAGAAUGUGGUGUGUGAGUCAACAAAGCCCAACAAUUCAUCCCAAUAAAGGUAUUCUC